AUGGCAGACUCGAGCGUAGACAUAUCGUCUCUGACCGAAGACCAACAACUGGCCCUGCAGCAAUACACCGCCGUCACCGACCAAGAAGUCGACAAAGCGAUUCCCCUCCUCACACGCUCCCAAUGGAACGUCCAAAUAGCAAUCGCCCGCUUCUUCGACGGUGAACCGGCCGAAGACCCCGUCGCCGCUGCCGCUGCCGCUGCUGCACAACCCGCGCCACAAGAUAUCCGCCGACAGGAAACUCUGCUCAACGGCUUCUCAUCCCCGCGAUCCUCGUCGAGUAGCACGAGGCGGAUCCGCAUAGAACCUGCGCCGCGGGUGGUUCCACAGCCCGACAGUCAAAUGAGCACACAGGUCCCGUUUGUGCUAGCCAUCGUCUUUGCGCCCUUUUCGCUCGUCUAUUCGUUGCUUGGGAAAUGGUUCCGCUUCAUGGGCUGGCUGUUCCCAUUUCUCCCGCGAACAUGGGGCCGGGUGACUGCGAGCAAUAUCAACGCGCCAUCGUCACGCAGCAGCGCCUCUGGCCGGCGGCCGUUGAAUCCCCGCGACACGGCGGCGCGCUUCAUCCGCGAGUUUGAGGAAGAGCAUGGCGCACACCAACUCCCCUUCUUCGAGUCCGGCUACGCCCAGGCCUUUGACCUUGCCAAGAAGAACCUCCAAUUCCUCAUGGUCGUCCUCAUCAGCCCAGAGCACGACGCCACCUCGUCCUUUAUCCGCGACACCCUCCUCUCCCCCGACGUCGUAUCCUUUAUCCGCGACCCCUCCAACAACAUCAUCCUCUGGGCCGGCAACGUCCAGGACAGCGAAGCCUACCAAGUCUCCUCGGCCCUCUCCUGCACCAAAUUCCCCUUCACCGGCCUCAUCGUGCACACGCCGCAAGUCUCGAGCACGGCAAUGGGCAUCGCAACACGCAUCGUCGGCCCCACACCCCCCUCGCAAUACAUUGCCAAACUCAAAGCCGCCAUGCGCACCCACGCCGAACCCCUCGCCCGCGUCCGCGCCCAGCGCGCCGAACAACAAGCCUCCCGCAACCUCCGCCAACAACAAGACAGCGCAUACGAGCGCUCCCUCGCCACAGACCGCGAACGCGCCCGGAAGAAGAAAGAAGAAGCCACCCGCAAAGCUGCCGCCGAAGCCGCCGCCCGCGCAAAACAAGAAGCCAAACUCCACCACGCCACCCUCGUCUCCCAAUGGCGCAAAUGGCGCGCCUCCCAACUUCCCCCCGAACCCCCCGCCUCGGCCCAAAACGUCGUCCGCAUCAGUCUCCGCAUGCCCAACGCCGACCGCGUUGUUUGUCGCUUCGACGCCGCGGCCCCUGUCGAGCAGCUGUAUGCUUUUGUAGACUGCCACGGCGUCGAGCUGCAGCCCGGUGAAGUACCGCAACCUCCACCUGGGUUCUCCCGUACUUAUCCGUUUCGCCUUGUCAGUCCGAUGCCCAGGGAGGUGCUCGAGUUGCGGGAUGGGGGCUCAGUUGGUGAGAGGCUGGGGAGGAGUGGGAAUUUGAUUGUCGAGUGUUUGGAGGGCGAGGAUGGCGAGGAUGGCGAGGAGGAGGGCGGGGCUGGGGUCGGCGAGGGGGUUGGAGAGCGUGUAGCUCGGAUAUGA